UUUGUGGCCUCAUGAAUAUUCCACCAGCUUGGGCUGCCCAUGCACUGACCUUUUCCCAGUGAGAAACUCAAUUUGAUCAAAGACCAAAUGCCCGUCGUCUGUGGAACAUUUCGAUGCACUUCCUUCCUUCGCAGCAGUAUCUAAGACCCCUGUCUGGAUUUUGGUGAAACUUCAAGGAGAACAUUGCCUGCUAUUUUCCAGCAAGGACUGGGAGGUGCUUAGCAAGUGGCUUUUACUGCCACUAGAAUGAAGGCUCCGAUGAAUAAGAUUGUGGCUCUUGGCUUCUUGAUAAUACUCUCUUUAGCAGCAGUUGGAGGACUUAAAUGCCAUAAAUGCACCAGAGUUAGAAAAGAUAACACAUGUUCAAAACAGAAAAUCUGUGAUGUCUCUCCCAGUAGAUUCUGCUUCAUUCAAAGAAUUUCCAAAGGGGGAAAUAUCAGGCGAGUGCACCGCGGUUGCACUUCAGUUUGUGUAACAGUCACCAACUUGAGCAUCGACUACAUAAAGUAUACUUAUUGCUGCCAAACAGAUUACUGUAAUAAAAAUAAUAUCUGGCAGCUUUACUAAGCUUAGCCUGAUGUUCUGGAGCUUCUCUGUUCCUCUGUUUUCUGGCAAUUUAAUGUCUGCAUCCUUCAGUCCUUUGGGUUUUUUUUUUUUUUUUUAAAUAUUCAAACGGUAACUUUUAUUAAAAACAAUGUGGGAAUUUUAUGGGAUUUGGAUAGAAAGGUUAUUCCUGCUGCUUCGUUCCCUGAUCAAACCUUUUAAUAAUGAUUUUACAAGAGCUAUUUAUGCAAUUAUUAUUUGCAGGUUUCGGUGUUAACUCCAUAGUGCUCCCCUCCCCUCCAGUUCUCUUAGAUUGUGUCCAAAUCCUACAUUUUGGUUCACUUUGAUUGACAGUGGAUGACAUGGCAUGACUAGGAGCUGAAGGCCUUUGUUGAACAGACAGCAAUCAUAUC